AUGGCUUUGCCACUGCUGCUGUUGCUGCUGCUGUGUGGGGGGCCAAGUCUGAUCUCCUCCACCCAGGAGUUCAACCCGAGGACCGUAGUGAGGAGAGACUAUGACAUGGCCAAGUUGUCAGGGCCCUGGUACUCCGUGUCCAUAGCCUCAGAUGACAUGACAAGGAUUGACGAGGAUGGGGACCUGCGGAUCUACAUGCGCAAUAUCCAGCACUUAGAGAACGGGGCUCUGCAAUUCCAGUUUGACUUCAGAGUGCUGGGGCACUGUGAGCUGGUGAACAUGGUCUGUGAGAAGACAGAAAGGAAUGGGGAGUUCACCGUCAAUUACAAGGGAGAGAACAAGGUGUUGGUGUCAGAGACGGACUACAACCUGUACAUUACCUUCUACCUGCGGAACAUCCAGAAUGGCACCCUCACCCAAGUGCUGGCACUCUACGGUAAAAUUUGCAAGAGACAUGGGCUGGGACCACAAAAUAUCAUCAACCUGGACAACACAAAUAUCUGUUACCAGGUAUAGAGCAGCCAACCCAGGCCUUCUCAGGGUGAGUUUCUGGGUAGGGUGGUGGCAUAGGGUGGCAGGCGCAGGAAGUGGGUGAUGUGAUCUGAAUGACCACUGGGCACUUCUCAAAGGCCACCCCUCAGCCUACCUGUGGGGUUUCUUGCUGAAGUAAUGGGGAGCCUUCUGGGAUGGAUGGAGGGGUUGAGAAGAACAUGAAAUUGGGCUCCUCCUUUAUGUCCUGAGGUCACAACAAAUGGGAUGUCCUAGGACAACAGACGUUUUCUCUCUCCCCAGCACUGGAGGGGUCACAAGUCCUGGCUCCAGGUGGCAUAGGCCAUGCCCCUCUAGACACUGCCUGACCUGUGGCCAUUCCUGCUGUCUGUCCCAUCCUCACGUGACCUCUCUUCUGU